GAUAAGCCAAUUUUAUAACAUAAUAGUAUGAAUGAAUUAACAUUUAAUGAAUGACAUAAAUGAGCGGUAUAUUUGAACAUUUUUGCUUGUAGAAAAAAGGUUGGAAAAGGUGAAUCAUGUGUGUUGAUAAUUGUAUAACUGAUAAUCAAAGUAGGGCGUGGCGGUGGGAAAUUGAAUGGGGGACUCCGAAGAGAGACUAUUGGAAGAGCAGCUGGAGAAUCAAUUGAAAGAGCAGAAAGAUGCUCUUCAUUCUCUCAAUGAAGCCUUAUCUACUGAUCCUUCCGAUCCCGAAAUCCUCUUGGUUCAUGAAGAGCUUGUUCAGUCUAUAAAAGAUGCUGAGGAAGGCCUCCUUCACCUAAAACGUGCAAGGUUGUUGCUAGAGGUUGAUGCUUCUUUACGUGGUUCCAAGGAGCAACUUGCUGAUGCUGAGGUGGAGCCUCUUGAUCUAACAGAGAUUGAAGCUGAAUCACUAGUGGAUGAAGAGUAUACUGUCGGAUCAAAAUGUAGAUUUCGUAAUAAUGAUGGAAGGUGGUAUAAUGGUCUAAUCGUGGGGUUGGAGGGUUCUGAGUUUGCAAAAAUUUGUUUCCGCGCUCCAACAUCUGAAAACAUGCUGAUGUGCAAGUUCUUUCUACAGCAGCGAUGUCGAUUUGGUAGUAGUUGCCGCUUAUCACAUGGUAUCGACAUUCCAGUGUCCUCGUUAAAGAAGUAUAUCCCUAUGAAAUGGGAUUCGUCACUUGCUGGUUCCAGCAUCUGGGCUCGCUCAGAUGGCAGAGCUGGACUUUGGAAAAAAGCUGAACUUGAGUCUUGGGACGAAAAGCUUAAUAUGGGCCGCGUUGUUUUCCGUGAUGAUGGAAGUUCUGCUAUGCUUGGAGCUGAGAAUAUUGAACUGUCUGAACAUGCAGAGGCGAGUGAUGAAGAAGAGAGUUACUCAGGUUCGGAAGAAUUUGAUUCCAGUGCCUAUGAAGAUGAUAGUCCAGAAGGGUUGGGAUUUGUGGAAAGCACAGCCCUUCAGUGUGGCGUUCAGACAGAAACAACUCUUUUUGCUAAGUGGGAGAAUCACACACGUGGCAUUGCUUCCAAGAUGAUGGCAAACAUGGGUUACCGUGAAGGAAUGGGGUUAGGCGCAUCUGGACAGGGAAUGGUGAAUCCUGUUCCUGUGAAAGUUCUUCCACCAAAACAAUCUCUUGACUAUGCUGUUAAAAACCAGACGGCUGAGAAUGAAGACAAUAAGCGUAAGAAAAGAAGUAGGGGUGGUAAGAGGAAACGUGAGAAGAAAUUUGCAGCAGCAGCUCGGGCUGCAAAAGAAGAGGAGGAAUCAAGAGCAGAUGUGUUUAGUCUCAUCAAUACUCAGCUUGCGGUGCAUGAAGAGACUAUGAACAACAGUGCUGGAAAUAGGCAGCGAAGUAAGACAAAAAGGGAAGAGAAGAAAGAAGAUAGGAGGUCUCUGGUUGCAUAUGAUGAUGAGAUAAAAGAGUUGAGGAUACAAGCUCAGAAAUUGGAAGAAAUGGCUCAGCGAAACAGGAAUGAGAAGCCGGUGUAUGAAGCUGCUAUGAGGAAGCUAAAUGAAACUCGUAAAGCUAUAGCCACUGCUGAAGCUGCUCAUGCAUCUGCAUCAAAUGCAGUUCAUAGCAAGGAAAAGGAAAAGAGAUGGCUGAAAUUCUAGAGUAGCUCAGAACAUAUCUUGUAUAACCUAAAUGAUUUACAGGUCUUUCAAUUCAGUGUGAUACUUCUGGUGAAUCACACAAUUCUUCAAUGUUAGUUCUCUUUUUUUA